AUGGCCUCGGACGGCAACUGGGUCUCCGCGCCCGCGAAGCGACGAGGAGUCGUAGAUUACGUGAAGCUCAAAUACUACCACUGGUGCCUGUGGACGGGCAUUUAUAUGCUCGACACGCGGGAACGGGCAGCUUUAAAUAGCAUCGUGCUGGUCCUGCUCGCGCUGCUCGCGCGGUACGUGCACCACCUCUUUUUUCUGGGCGAGCUCUGAGGGCGCGCGCGUUUUUGCGCGGCGCCGUCGUCGUCGUCGUCGCAGCGCCGCGCUCGGUUCCUCGACGAUUGUUUCUGAAGCUGCAGGUUAACAUGUCCCGUCGACUUGUGGGUAACAACUACUAGUAUAGUUCAAGUUAGUACUAGUAGGUGCCGCGGAGUUGGCUGACAUACUACGAAUUACUAAGUCGUUCCCGAGCACUUUCCAGCGCGCGCUGGGCACCAGCCGUCGUCGGAUGGGAGUCGCCAAAGACGCGUCGACACCGCUGCUCGACGUCCUCGAGGAUCGCCACAGCUUCGGUAUAUUUUCCCUCAAUUUGGAGGACUACGCGGCCGUCCUGGCUCCGUCGAGCGGCGAGGAACCGACAUCGCCACGCCAUCGAGCAGGCGUCGCGUCGAGGCGUGGAGGUCGACGCGUCGAUUCAGGACGAAAGCGCCGUAAAUUGAUAUCCACACAGGCGACGACAUGUGCCGCGACGACUGCCGCACGGUCGUGGCGCCCGCGUUCGCGGCCAAGAAUUUCCGGCAUCUCGCGGGGACCAAGGCCAAGGCGCGCUGGAACGCCACGACCGCGGACGCGCCGACAGAGCCGACGGCGACGCACGGCGCCGCGGCGGCGAAAUGGGACCCGCGGCGGGUCGGCUACUACCGCGCCCGCUUCCAGGAGGAGACGGCGUGCCUGUCGCGAGGGUAA